ACAGAAUUAUUUUCUAAGAAAGCAGCGAUUCAAGCAGUUGACGGCAUUUGGGAAAAAUCUGCUAUUUGUGAAAAUCAUCUUUGAUCUUGGAAUAAAAGGUAAAGCUGGAAAAGGAUUUACAAACAAGAAAAAGACAACGUUUGGAAUUGGACUCGCAGGAUCUGGGCUUGGAAAUGCCUCAGCCUAGUGUAAGCGGAAUGGAUCCGCCUUUCGGGGAUGCCUUUCGGAGCCACACCUUUUCGGAACAGACUCUAAUGAGCACGGAUCUCCUGGCAAAUAGUUCAGAUCCAGAUUUCAUGUAUGAGCUGGAUAGAGAGAUGAACUACCAACAGAAUCCUCGAGAUAACUUCCUUCUAGAGGACUGCAAAGACAUUGAGAAUCUGGAGUCUUUCACUGAUGUCCUGGAUAGUGAGGGUACUUUAACCUCCAACUGGGAGCAGUGGGAUACAUACUGUGAAGACUUGACAAAGUACACCAAACUCACCAGCUGUGACAUCUGGGGAACAAAAGAAGUCGACUACUUGGGUCUCGACGACUUUUCCAGCCCUUACCAAGAUGAAGAGGUCAUCAGUAAAACUCCAACAUUGGCCCAGCUUAAUAGUGAAGACUCUCAGUCUGUCUCUGAUUCCCUUUAUUAUCCCGAUUCGCUUUUCAGUGUCAAACAAAACCCCUUGCCCUCUUCUUUCCCUGGCAAAAAGAUGACCAGCAGAGCUGCUGCCCCUGUGUGUUCUUCAAAGACUCUUCAGACUGAGGCACCUUUGUCAGACUGUGUCCAAAAAGCAAGCAAGCCUACUUCAAGCACACAAAUCAUGGUGAAGACCAACAUCUAUCACAAUGAAAAAGUGAACUUUCAUGUUGAAUGUAAAGACUAUGUAAAAAAGGCAAAAGUCAAGAUCCACGCCGUACAGCACAGCCGGCCCUUGCUGAGCCAGUCACCUGCAGACGCCGCUAAGGAGAACACCUGCUACUGUGGGGUAGUGGCCAAGAGACCAGAGAGGAAGGGGGUGGAGCCUCUCCAGGGCCAUGCCACGCCCACUCUGCCUUUCAAAGAAACCCAGGAGCUCUUACUCAGUCCCUUACCGCAGGAAGGGCCUGGGGCUGCUGCCACAGGAGAGAGUAGCAGCCUUUCUGCCAGCACUUUGGUUUCCGAUUCAUCCCAGAAAAAAGAAGAGCACAAUUAUUCACUUUUUGUCUCCGACAGUUUGGGAGAACAGCCAGCCAAAUGCAGUCCCGAAGAUGAUGACGAUGAGGAGGAGGAUGUUGAUGAUGAGGACCAUGAUGAAGGCUUUGGAAGCGAGCACGAAUUGUCUGAAAAUGAAGAGGAGGAAGAAGAGGAGGAGGACUAUGAAGAUGACAAGGAUGAUGAUAUUAGUGACACAUUCUCGGAACCAGGCUAUGAGAAUGACUCAGUAGAAGACCUGAAGGAGAUGACUUCUGCCUCUUCCCGGAAGAGAGGGAAAAGAAGAUACUUCUGGGAGUAUAGUGAACAGCUCACUCCGUCCCAGCAAGAGAGGAUUCUGAGGCCCUCCGAGUGGAACCGAGAUACGCUGCCAAGCAAUGUGUAUCAGAAAAAUGGCUCACAUCACGGAAAAUAUGCAGUAAAGAAGUCACGGAGAACUGACGUAGAAGACCUGACUCCAAAUCCUAAAAAAUUGCUCCAGAUUGGCAGUGAGUUACGGAAGCUAAAUAAGGUGAUUAGCGACCUCACUCCCGUCAGUGAACUUCCCCUCACAGCUCGGCCAAGGUCACGGAAGGAGAAAAACAAGCUGGCUUCCAGAGCUUGUCGGUUAAAGAAAAAAGCCCAGUAUGAAGCAAAUAAAGUGAAAUUAUGGGGCCUCAACACUGAAUAUGAUAAUUUAUUGUUUGUAAUCAACUCCAUCAAGCAAGAGAUUGUAAACAGGGUGCAGAAUCCAAGAGAGGAGAGAGGACCCAACAUGGGACAGAAGCUUGAAAUUCUCAUUAAAGAUACUCUUGGCCUCCCAGUUGCUGGGCAAACCUCAGAAUUUGUUAACCAAGUGUUAGAGAAGACAGCAGAAGGCAAUCCCACCGGUGGCCUGGUAGGACUGCGAAUACCAGCAUCAAAAGUGUAGCCAGCCCCACUGGACCACUGGUCAGAAGUGUCUGUUCUUUCUCAUGUUAUCCAUUGUAUAUUUUCAUUCUGUUUUGCAUGUCAGUUAGCAUUAUGUAAACAUUUACAAUUAGGUUAUAUUGUUUUAAGAACUUGUAGCAUAAGUGAAGCAUGAUCCAAAAUACUUGAUUAUUGCAUUUCAGAGCAUAAACCUCAGCUAAGCCUGCUCCUGGCAGUAGCAGUGGCACUCACAUGCUAAGUAAACCUUGGGGUAGAAGUUGCACAUGUGUAUUGAAGGGAAAACAUUUGGAAGGGUGAAUAUCUCAGUAUAAUGCCAAGCAUCAUGGCAGGUUUAUGCUCUGAAUCACUCAAAAAAAAUAUUAAGGAAGCAUUUUUUUUAACUGUCCAUUUAGAUUUUUUUUUUAGAAUGAUUGCUUUCUGUUCUACUUUUCCACAGCCAUUAAUCUCACUUGUACAUGGCGCACCCGGCACUCGUGUUUGUGUGCCAUGGUAGACAUUCAAUUCCAGAGUUCAUUAUGAUAUAUAAAUAUAUAUAUAAAUAUAAAUAUAUACAGAUGUCUGUGCAAGUAAGAAAAAAGCAUAUUCUUUGUGCCUUGUAUUUUGGGAAAACUCUAAAACUGGUAAUAUUUUGUAUGAUGAAAACCCUUGAGGAAAAAAUUAAGAUAUAUAGAUGGAAAACUUAUGGGGUUUAAAUGGGUUUUUUUGUUCCAACUUUUUCAGAUUUUUUGAAUGUAUAUAGGACUAUGUUGAAAUGUAGAUAUAUGCCACAGAGUCUUUGUAUUGUAUAUAAAAAAAACCAACAAAAAAAAAGAUGGCUCUAGAAAACUAUUUCGGUACUUGACCGGAAGAAGACAAAUACUUGCACAUUAUUGCGAUUGUUUUAUUUUUUUGUACCAAAGACAAAUGCAACUGAUAUGGCAGACUGCCAGUCCAAGUAAAGUUUUGCACAGCUUAUAUGAUACUGUAUGAAUGUAUGAAAAAAGGAGCAAAACAUAAAAGGUCAGGGUUGGGAUCUUACUGAACUGUGAAUCUUAUUUCUGUUUGGGUCCAAUUAUCUAUAGAAGGAGCAUCCGUACAUACAAAUAUAUUAUUUUGCUGUUCCUCUAGUUGCUUCCAUAGUAGGUAAGUUGGUGGCCAUUUAGGUGUGUAUAAGUCUUUUUAUUUCUGCACUUAACUGUAGGAAAUUUUAAUAUAUUUCAUUUUAUUAAGCUAUUGAUAAAAGUUUUUGACUUUGAAAAUGACAGUUUAAUUAGUUUAUUGUAGUAUACUUCCACCAAACAACCAAAAUACAGGUUAUUUUUAUUGUAUUAUGUAUGUGUAUAUAUAUAUAUAUAUAUCUGUAAAGAGAGGAAAAAAGCUAAAACUAUCUAAUUCUUUAGUUGCCACUUUUCCAAUCGAUGUAUUACUGUGCAUGUAAUAUUUUCAAAGAUCAACACAGGCCUACCACAGAAACAGAAACUUUAUAGAUUUUUAUAUUUUUGUACAGGUAUUUUCAAACUAGCUUCUUCAAACUUACAUGUGACUUAUUCUUCUAUAGUUUCUAGAACUGGGAGAUGUUGACACAUUUAGUUUUUAGGUGCUCUUUUUUGGCUCACAUCGAACAGCUUCUGUAGUCAGUGUAGCCAUGUUCGAGCUUUACCUCUUGAUGAGAAUUUCUUCUAUCAAGGCAGCAUUAUAAACCUAUCCCACAGAUGUUUCUAUCUGUUCCUUUGGUGUACUCUCAAAUAUUUUUGUUUGCUUUGAAACCUGGUGGUUUUCAAACUGUACUGAAAAGAAAAAAAACAUAUCUAGUGUGAAACUUACAUACACACUCAAACACAGAAAAAACCAGUAAACCAAAAAUUUCAGACCUACCUACCGGGAAAACACAUAUUUCUCCAUUCCCUCAUGGUAGAAUUUACUGUCUUCAUUCUAAUUUGUACAACAUGGCUCCUUUCCUUCUACGUCCUUUCCCUUCCUUCUCUCCAUUUGUAAGUGACAGCACAUGAAGUUACAUAGCACAUGAAGGUUCGAUUCUAGAACACACAGGAACAACCCAGCAGCCCUCUAGCUUCCUUUACAUCUGGAGAUACAACCUGAGGCAGACUGUCUUGACACGUUAGCUGAACUGUAACCCACAAGAGUAUCCCAUGUGUUUGGUGGAAAUGUGCCCCUUGGUGCAUUCACGCUAAACAGAUGAGAAGUGCAAAUCCCAAUGGCUGACAGAGUUCAAGUUCAUCGUCUCACUGUUUCCUUUCUAGGUGGGAAAAGGCAAAGCAUAGAGUUUGCAACCUGUGAGGUUCCAACAGUAUGUGUGUCUAGGAAAUGGAAAGGUGUCCCAAAAUAUGGCAGUUUUGCAGUCAGGUGAAAAUCGCUUUGUGAUAGAGAUUCAACUGACGAGGUUUAUAAAAUUGCCCCUUUCUAGCUGCUCUGUUAGGAAUUCUGGUUUUUUGAUACUUUUUUCUUGUCUGUAAACCAGAAUUUGAUAUUUUUGGUCUUGCAUUUCAAAAACAAAACAAAAAACAACAAAAAAAGACUGAAUCUGUUUAGUGGAUUCCAUAUCCUUGCAUUUCAGUGUUUUCUAUGUCUGACUUAAGUUAAAUAGUUGAAAGCUUUUAAAUAGUUGAGCUUUUUAAUGUUGACACUUUAUUUUGUACCUAUUUAUAUAUGUAUGUAUAUCUUAGAAAAAGCACUUUGUUUAAAAGAAAAGAUUGCAUUUUAUAUGAUUCCUGCCAUUUGCUGCUAAAUCUGGGCUGGUCAGAAUGCUACACUGAUACUUGAUCUAAUAAAAAACCUGGCAGUAAAAUGUAGAGUGGAAGGCGAGUGCUCUUGCUAUUUUAACUUUACCUUCAAGAUGGCCUAGGCAAGCUGUGCAGCUUUACAUUUUAACCAGGGGACUCUGUGGCAUUUAAAACCGUCUAGAAAUGGUUGUAUUUUAAUGCCAGUAAUAAUCUUGCUUCCUCUGUUGUCCUUAAGAUAUGUAUGUUUUGUGUAUCUCUCUCUCUCUCUCUCUCUCACACACACACACACACACACACACACACACACACACAGAUCUUAUAAGGUAAUGUAAAAACCCCAACAGUUGUACAUGUUCUGUGUUUGAAAACCGUAGCAUGUAUUUUUGGGUGAUGAUCAAUAGAGAACUCUCUAAAGGGUUUCUGUGUUCAUACAUGGUAUAUUAGAUCGCUCCUAGUGAAGUCCAGAGCCUUCCUUUUCUAUGAGGGCAUUGUGAAAUUCACCUCAAACAAACCCAUUGUUCCAAAAGGCAAUGAUAAACUUUUGAGUCUAGUACUACUACUAUGAUUACAGAGGG